CCGCGCAUGUGCAGUACGCGUUCUUUGCGUUGUUUUGGUUUCUCACGUGUGUUAACUUGCACGGGGCAAUAAUGUGUUUUAAGUCGGUCGCCAAAUUGUUCUACUGCGCUAAUUUUGCUCGCGUCUUGUGUUUUUACUAGUCGUGAUACAUUUACCGUUGGUCUGACAAGGUGGCAGAGCUUGAGACGAAAACAAAGACGCAGGAAGAUCCGAGCUAGUUGGCCGUCAUGGCCGCCUUCGUGGAGCUAGUCGCUGGCUGCUACGAGCAAAUUGUGUUUGGUUACCGUGUUCGAACUGACCAGACCGAGUGGACAGCCAAGGCGGACUUCACACAUCACGCACACACAGCAUCAGUGUCGGCGGUGGCGGCCAGCAACAGGUUUGUGGUGACGGGCAGCAGAGACGAAACCAUGCUCCUGUAUGACAUGAAGAAGAAGGUGGAACACGGCGCUCUGCUACAUCACGACGGCACCAUCACCUGCCUGGAGUUUUACGGUGCAACGCAUCUGCUGAGCGGAGGAGAAGAUGGACUCUUGUGUGUAUGGAGCACCAAGAAGUGGGAGUGUCUCAAGUCCAUCAAAGCUCACAGAGGUCAUGUGACGUCGCUGUCUGUGCAUCCGUCUGGUAAACUUGCACUGACGGUGGGCACCGAUAAAACACUGCGUACAUGGAAUCUAAUUAAUGGAAGAUCAGCCUUCAUCAAAAACAUCAAACAAAAUGCCCACAUUGUGCGGUGGUCUCCGGACGGCGAUAAAUAUGCAGUGGUCAUCCAUGACCAGCUAGACCUGUACGAUCUGCAAACAGCCUCGCUGACCAGCACGCUCAAGAACCCCAAAAGGAUCUCAGCCAUCAACUUCUUAAACAACUCCAUCCUGGCUGUUGUAGGUGAUGAUGAAAUAGUGCGACUGUGUGAUGUUGCCAAAGAGAAAUGGGUGUGCGAGUUCAAGGCCCAUGAAACCAGGGUGAAAGCAGUUGAGAGUUUCAAGAUGACCGACCACUGCGUGUUGGUCACGGCCUCCAACGACGGCUUCAUCAAAAUGUGGAAGCUCCGUCUGAAUGAAGAGCUGGAAUGUCCCACCCUCCUGGGGGAGGUCAACACCACGGCCAGGCUGACCUGUCUUGCUGUGUGGAAACCGUCCGCGCCACAGCACACCACAGAAAAAGACGCCAAAGGAGCCGAGGCCACAACGUCACAAGAUGGAGCCGAGGAGGCUGGGGCACUUUUGAAGACAAAGCGAGUGCGAAUCUUCACACAUGAAGAAGUCAUCCUGGAAGAUGACAGCAAGCCGAAGAAAAAGAGGAGGAAGAAGAGAAAGGUCGGUGGGCAACAGGAGGAAGCCAAAUAAAUGUAUUUUUAAAAAA